AAAUAACAUGUCAUUCACUGUAAAAAUGAAACCCGAACGCAUCCUAUAGCUUGCAAACUUUUCUCCACCAAAUAUCUCAUAGUCAAAAAAUGUUGGGUACAUCGAGUGAGAUAACGCCUCCGUGAUUUUUAGCGUAUCUACAAAGUAUUCGAUGUUUUUACAGCUGUAGCUCACAUCAUCCUCCUGUACCAGGAAAUAGUCAAAGUUGUCGCGUUGCUGCAAAAAAUAUUCUCUGUGGCGGAUAGCCAAGUCACCUGCGGUUCCGAAAGCAUUUUUUGGGAGUUUUCGUCUGGAAUAAAACUUAACACUAUGGCUGAGUGCAGCUGGGUGUCUCUUGCAGGUGCGAAAACGAGAAGAAAUGCCUUCCAGCAACUUUGGUCGCAAGUCUUCGUACGAAAUUAGCACGACGUGAACGACAUAACCGUGCUCGCAUACUUCUGCAAAAUUGUCAAGAAGUUUAUCUAAAUACUUCAGGUGUUGACCAACGACACUCUCAGUCGUUACCGCUGCAAGGAUACUGGGAUUUCGUGGCGGCAGGCUAUAUUUGCGGACAGCUUGUUUACGCUCAAUAUUCAAACUGUCUAGACAAAGUAAGAUAAAGCUGACUGAUAACACGAUGACGUCACGCUUCAAAAGCAGUCGAGGACAGUGCAUAGAGCACGAUGGACGAACGCCAAACGAGCUUCCCCCUCUUUUUUUAGGCCGCUGCUACAAGCAAGCAGGUAGUAAGAAACCCGAAUACGCGCACAUGAACGCGCGCUCUUACUGGGUUCAUACGAAAUGAAAUAUGAGCGGAUUCGACAUAUAGAAGUUUACCUUAUUUUCACCCUGUAUGGUGAAAUGAAGUACGAAAGUACUUUCGUACGAAAGUACGAAAGUACGAAAGUACCUUCGAAGGUACUUUCGUACGAAAGUACUUUCGUACUUUCGAAAGUAGAGGGUUUUAGUUGCAAAAUCAAAAUCGGGUCUAAAAUCGGGUCUAAAAUCGGGUGGGNCAUACACCCGCCCGCGGACGUACACGAGAUCCUCACCGAGCGCGACGCGGAUGGGACGCUCGCGAAGUGCGUGUGGGAGAACAUCGUGUGA